AGGGAGGGGCAGCGCCAGGACCCGGGGCAGAGGGGGAGGGCGAGGCCUGUGAGGAGCGGCAGCAGUUUCAGGAAGCCUUGUUGGGCUGCCCCGGUUCUAGUGUGAGCAAUGAGGAGCUGCUGUGUGCUGGGAUGGAGUUGUUUGCAGCCUGAUAUGUUUCCCCGGCUCUUGUCCAAGGGCAGCUGCCUCAGGCAGCACCAUCUAUCUAUAUGCUGCUGGAGAAGAAGCAGCUCCACAGUAUCGGAGUCGAAUAUCAGGCCCCUGCCUGGACAGGCCAGGGUUGUGAUCUGUGGAGGGGGGAUGAUUGGCACCUCAGUGGCUUACCACCUGGCCAAACUGGGCUGGAGCGACAUUGUUUUGCUGGAACAGGGACGGUUAGCAGCUGGAACCACACGGCUCUGUGCCGGCAUUCUGAGCACCGUCAAGCACAUCUCAAUAGAAACCAAGAUGGCCGACUACUCAAACAAACUUUACCAGCAACUGGAGAAAGAGACUGGCGUCAAGAUAGGUUACAGCAGGACUGGUUCGAUCUCACUGGCUCAGACUCACGACAGACUUAUCUCCCUGCGUCGUCUGGUCUCACGAUUACAGGUGAUGGGGGUACCCUGUGACAUCAUCAGCCCCAAAGAGGUAGCGAAGUUGCACCCCCUGGUGAACAUCCACGACCUGGUGGGAGCCAUGCACGUUCCCGGGGAUGCUGUGGUCUCGACCCCCGACGUGGCCCAGGCUCUAGCCACUGCCGCUGUGCUGAACGGUGUGCAGAUACACGAGAGGACCAGUGUCAGUCAUGUGACGGUGCAGCAAGGUCAAGUAACCGGAGUUGAAACUGACCGAGGGCAGAUGGAGUGUGAAUACUUUGUGAACUGUGCAGGGCAGUGGGCCUAUGAACUGGGGCUGGUGAGCGAAGCGCCUGUAACUGUCCCAUUACACCCGUGUGAACAUUUUUACCUGGUGACGCGACCCCUGAAGGAAGCACUCAGCCCUGAGACGCCAGUCAUAGUAGAUCUGGAUGGGAGAAUCUACAUCCGCAGCUGGCAGGGCGGCGUGCUGUCUGGAGGCUUUGAGAAGAAUCCCAAACCCAUCUUCACAGAGGGCAGGAAUCAACUGGAAUUCCAGAGCCUCCAGGAGGACUGGGAUCACUAUGAGCCCCUGCUCAGUGCGUUGCUGCGGCGAAUGCCAGGGCUGGUGACCACUGAGAUCCUACAGCUGGUCAACUGCCCAGAAUCUUUCACUGCCGACAUGAGGUGCAUCAUGGGAGAAUCCCCGGCCGUCCGCAACUACUAUGUCUUGGCAGGAAUGAACUCGUCCGGUUUGUCCUUCGCAGGAGGAGCUGGGAGGUACUUGGCUGAGUGGAUGGUCCACGGCUACUCCUCAGAGAAUGUUUGGCCGCUGGACAUCAAACGCUUUGGUGCCCUGCAGAGCAGCCGCACGUUUCUCCGCCACCGUGUCAUGGAGGUGAUGCCUCUGAUCUAUGAGCUGAAGGUUCCUCGUUGGGAUUUUCAAACGGGCCGACAGCUGAGGACCUCCCCGCUGUAUGACCGACUGGACGCGCAGGGCGCUCGCUGGAUGGAAAAACACGGAUUCGAGAGAGUCAAGCACUUCGUCCCACCGGGGAAAGAUCUACUGGAGUUGGAACAGAGUAAAACCUUCCACAAACCCGACUGGUUUGACAUCGUAGGGUCGGAGGUCAAGUGCUGCAAGGAGGCCGUUUGUGUCAUUGACAUGUCGUCUUUCACCAAGUAUGAGCUGAGCUCCUCCGCUGACCAGGCUCUGGAGAUGCUGCAGCAUCUGUGCUCCAAUGACCUGGAUGUUCCUGUGGGACACAUCGUGCACACAGGGAUGCUGAACGAACACGGUGGCUAUCAGAACGACUGCAGUGUUGUGAGAAUCAACAAACGCAGUUUCUUUAUCGUCUCCCCCACAGACCAGCAGGUGCACUGUUGGUCCUGGCUCAACCAGCACAUGCCCAAAGACAGCCAGCUACAGCUGGAGGACGUGACCUGGAAAUACACAGCACUGAACCUGAUCGGUCCCCGUGCAAUGGAUGUUCUCUCUGAGCUGUCCUAUGUACCCAUGACUCCAGACCACUUUCCCUCGCUCUUUUGUAAGGAGAUGAGUGUGGGAUAUGCUAACGGGAUCCGGGUGAUGAGUAUGACACACACUGGAGAGCCUGGCUUCAUGCUUUACAUCCCCAUUGAGUAUGCUCUGCACGUGUACAAUGAACUGAUGAGUGUUGGGCAGAAGUACGGGAUCCGGAAUGCUGGGUAUUAUGCCCUCCGCAGCCUGCGGAUCGAGAAGUUUUUUGCCUUUUGGGGUCAGGACCUCGACACAUUUUCAACUCCGUUGGAGUGUGGCCGUGAAUUCAGAGUCAAGUUUGACAAGGGGACAGAUUUUAUUGGCCCAGCGCUGUUGAAGCAGAGACAGGAGGGGGUUUGCCGUCGAUUCACAAUGUUUAUCCUGGAAGAUCAUGAUGUUGACCUGGACCUUUGGCCGUGGUGGGGUGAACCUAUCUACAGGAACGGCAAGUACGUGGGCAUGACGACCAGCAGUGCCUACAGCUACACACUGGCCCGUCACGUCUGCCUGGGCUUCGUGCACAACUACGGCGAGGGCACCGGGGACAAACUCGUGGUCACAGCCGAGUUCAUCAAUCGCGGUGAUUACGAAAUUGAUAUUGCCGGCCAGCGCUUCCGGGCCAAGGCCAAACUCUACCCAUUCAGCUCCCUCUUUGCACAGAAACUGAGGAAGGACGAGAUGGAACUGAGCAGCUUUCAGGGUAAAUAAGAGACGAGACACCUUGGCCAGGUUCUAGGGGAUGGUGGUCUGCACUGUCAGUGCACGGUAGGUGUAGUUGCUGUGCAUUGUAUUGGUACAUUGCUACCUCUCACAUUUAUACCUUCAUUGUACAGAGAGAAGCAUCAGGUGUGCCGAGUCGUGCUCGAGGGCAGGUUUUGUUGGUGAAAACAGGUGAAAUGUAUCAUCAUUGGCAUGGACACUGCACUCUACCUGGAGGCUUGCCAUGUUUAAUGUUAUGAAUAGAAUUUGAAUCAUCACUGUUUGAUGGUACAUCCUGUGUUUUAAAUGCACCCAGAUGAGCACAGGCCUGUCCUUGUACUGAAAGCAUUUUACCUUCAUUCUACCCACUCCCCUGUUGCAGCAAAUCAGUCACUUCUGGUGCUUGUUAACCACCUCUUCCAAUUUACAUUGUUUCAUUGCUUAACCUUUGAAAUAAGGCAAUGAAUUCAGGAUUGACAACCUAUGUAUUUGCUGAUGAUUCUGCUGUUAAAAAAGGUACAAAACUAGAGCCAGGUGUAAUGUGGAGAAUACAUUGCAGGACCUCCUGUGUGGGAAGAAUGUAAACUUUUAAGGGAGCCAUGCCCAUGAUUUCUGCCUUUUGGACAUUGUUCAAUUUAUCCAUGUGUAGCCAUCAAACACACUUGUUGUAGAUGGUCUGACUUUAAUUGUGUAUAAUUGUUACCUGAUCCUGACUGCAACAUGACUUUGAUUUGGUUGCUGGUUAUCACAAUGCUGCUUUGUAUCCUAAGCAGGACAUCAGAUUUGACUACCUAAUGGAAGAGGAGAUAUGAAAGGGAAUCCCACCAAAUAACUGGGUUCUUACAAUUUAUAACUGAGCUAGAUUAAGAUCUUGGGUUUAUGAUAGAUGCAUGUGAUGCCUGAGCACACAGCCCAGCACUGGGCAUGUUGUAGUAGCUCACAGUAUAUGCAUUGGGAAGAUUAAUUAGCAGGGACAGAAUUGUUUAAAAUCACUGUGUGUUUAAUAUAAAAUUUGGAAAUAUUACAAGCAUUUUUUGCUGCUUGUGUGCUACUUCUCAUUGAAUAGCCCAAAUUAUGUUACACCUCUACCCAUCACUUGUUCACCCUCCUGUGAUGUGGACAUUAGCUUUGAAAGUCAGUCUCAAUGGUCCUCCUGAGUCUUAUUCAGAAGUGGACAUAGGACAAAACAAUUAUUUUCUGCAAUCCUCGUGACAGGGCUGAUAUCAAUUAAUUUUAACAACACCCCAAUGCCCCACUGCGCUCCCCAUUACUGGGGCUCUCCUUAUGCCACAUAAAGAACUGUCUGUCCUGUGACACAGGGCUACAGGUACUUGUGAGCCUGCCCACUGAAAGUGGUUGAAUCGUGAAUGGGGUUCAGCUGAAGCACAGCAAUUGGAAACCAGGGAAAACAUAAGGUACGUCUUACAGAAGCAUUUUGAGGUCAGCAGAGGAGGGGGGCAAACAGCCACACAAAAUGUUUUUCAGCCAGAAUACUGCAAUUACUAAGUAUUCAGAGCUGUUAUUUUAUUGUAUCUAACUAGUGAAUGUACUGUACAUAAACUAUUUAAUGUUUCUGUUGCUUUUAAUCUGUAAAAUAGAGGAUUAUUUCCAAAGUA